CCUCCUUGCUGCUGCCCCUUUCAGACUCUUGUUCCCUUUUCAAUUUCUUACUCUCGUGAACAAACAAACCAAAGCCAAUUCAACAAUAACAUCGCUCUCCAGAAAAUUCUUCGAUCACCUCGCCCUAACAACCAACAAUCCCCAAUCACCAUGUCUCUGCACUACCUCCCUGCGGUUAAGCCCUCGGCCAUUGCCCUUGGCACCGUCUUCAACCAGACCGCUGAGCUGGCUGUUUUGGGGCCGCUCUUCGGCCAGACCUACCAGCGCGCCAAGGCCUCCAACACCAAGGAGGAGUUUGUCCGCUCGCGGGAAGCUACCGGCGCUGCUGUCGCGUGGGGCACGACCCUCGUCGGCUCGGCUCUUCAGUCGUACGGUGUUGGUGCCCUCAUCAAUGCCACGGGAACACUCAGCUACAAGGGUGCUGCCUACCUCGGUGCUCUGAUCUUCGCGGCCAGCAAUGCUCCCACCUUCAUUAGCCAGAUUUUUGUCGAGAAGCAAACCCUUGAGACGGUAGGCGUCAGUGUCUUAGCCAAGCUCUUCGAGACCGUUGGUCUGUCCGUAUUCCUCACCUGGUGGGGAACACGCACCAACCCCUUCGAGUACCCCGGUGCUGGUGGAACUCCCUUAACGCGUAAUGCUUUCCGUUCCGAGUAGGGGUGUUUCGGGGUGAAGAGAUGAGAAUGAACAUGGAGAAGAUACUUCUUCCGUGAUGGGAAAAUGACGCUCCUGCAGUUAAAGAGUACAUACCCUGGGUACAAUGGGGUGGUGGAUCGAUCUCUGGGGGUUUUCCUUGCCUGUAAUUUUACAGUGGCUUUUAGCAUCCAGAGGAACGAAACUUUUUUUAGAUGAUCAUUGCUUCCG